CAAAGAUAAGAAACAAACCCAAGUUCGGCGGAACAAAGCAAAGCAAAGCACAGCACCGAAUCCACCCUCACUCCCCUCCCUUCGGCUUUGAUCUCCAUCGCUGACGAGAAUGGGAGCUCUUCACUGCAAUCCUCCAGGGUUCUCUUCAGUCCCACUAGCCCCAGGUUUCAACCACAAUACCAAAUCCCAUAAAUUCCUUCACCCAACCAAACAGCUAGGCCUCCUUAGAGGAAAGCUUCAUGCCAUUGAAACAGCCACUGGAAACAGUGGACCUGAAGCUGCCAUGCCCCAAGAACCCCCACUAAUUGAUUUCGCAUUCGUCGGUUCGAGGCUGCUUCCCGAUGGGACGCCGGACAUACACUAUCGGUCGGCAUGCGGUGGCCAGAAGCUAAGGGAUAUAAUGUUGGAUUCUAACAUUGAUCUAUAUGGACCUUAUGAGAAACCGCUGCUGAAUUGCGGGGGAGUUGGCACUUGUGCAACAUGCAUCGUGGAGGUGAUUGAGGGUAAGGAAUUACUAAGUCCACGCACUGAGAAAGAGAAGGAAAAACUUAGGAAGAAACCGAAGACAUGGAGAUUGGCAUGCCAAACUGUGGUCGGUAAACAAGAUUCCAGAGGACAAAUGAUCAUCCAACAAUUGCCCGAGUGGAAAGCUCAUGAUUGGCAAAAACCAGGAUAUGUUCCGGAGGCAUAAUGUGAUGACAAGUUAGAACAAUCCUUAUAUGGUUGGUGGGGUUGGAGCCACUGCCUUUUUCUUGGUUGCCUCCUUCUAGCUUGCAAAGUAGGACUAGGCUGAGACCAGCACAUUGAUAUCCUCUUUGCAGGUUGAAAGAAACUCUAGGAACUUCAGGGUUCUACUUUUGCUAAUUAAAAUAUGUGUAUUUGUUAUUUCAAAAUUCAGCCACAAUCUUUCUAUAGAAGCAGAUGGAGUUUUUCAAAAAAA